GUCAGGAACGCCAACGUGACAGUGGGCACCCGACCUGACGGAGCACCAGCCAAGCUCUUCCUCAACAUCUCGCAGCCACCAGAAAAGCGCAGGAAGGUCCAGGUGGCGGCAAAGUGCAAACGACUACUCAUGGAGCUUGGAGCUGCCACACAGGACGUGGACACGGAGUACUCAACAGGACAAGUGUGGUACAGAAGCGUUAGAGUGGCCUCGGCAAUCAACGCCGGGGCACCUGCUGGCUCCAGCACGACGGGGUCACAAGGAUGGAUCGAUCUCAAGACGAUCGCCGACAGGAUCAAAACGGACGUGAACACGGUCAAGACGCACUGGCAGCAGCUGGCCAGGAUGACACCACUUAAAGUGUUGGAAUUCCUCAAAGCUUUUGAGGGGCACAAACCUUUGGUGCCCGGCACGCCGUCGCUAUCCAAACUGAUUGUGGUCGUCCUCCAGGAAAUAAUCGUGGAGGUGGGCAUCUUCUUUGAGGACGAUGGCCACUGGACCCUGGUAUGCGGCAAAAAGGCAGGAGAGUGGAGAGGCACAGCCAUAGCCUUUCGCAGUUCGCUAACACACCACAGCGCAACCAUUCACCCCAAAGGCAGCUCAGUGGUACUCAGCAAAGACAACACAACCUUCGGAGUUAUCUGCAUCCACGUGCCACACCACGCUACUGUUGAUGAGACCUCGACCAUCUUGGCGGACUUCGAUUCCUGCCCGGCAAUGCGACAGCACAGGACCAUCGUGGGCAUGGACGCGAAUGAAAUCUUUUCACACUCGGAGAGUGCGUCUGCCUUCCCGAAAGGCCACACCGGCAGAGGGGAAACCAUCCUGACCUGGCUGGCAAACGGAGACUUCAGGUUCCCGGAGCAGCAACUGCACCUGCCGUCGCACUUCCCCUACUCCGGACAAAACCCCCGGCGCCUGGACUACUUGGUUUGCAGGGGCAUCCACCUGGGAGGAGGACACGUCGGAGACCACCGAGACAGAGCGCACUCAGACCAUGAGCCCAUCAUUGGGCACCUUCCUGUCCGAGUUGAGCAGAAACAAUUCCACAAAGUGUGGGGACCCAGACACCUCCGGCACGACUUUCAGGACACACUCAGUCUGGGGCAUUUCCUACAUGGAGAUGCACACCACCAACUGGCGGCCGUCUGCAAAGCCAUGACGAACCCGGGAAGAGCCAUGGACAAGUUCGACGAGACCAAAAAACUCAAACAACUCCGACGUGAAGCACAGCGCACGCCUCCGGGGCCUGCCCGAAGGACGGCAUGGAAAGAAGUCCAGGCCAUGCACAGGCAGGAGAAAAAGCAGUGGCACACCAAACUCAACGAGGCCGCCAGCAAGCAAGACUGGCGCUCUUACCGGGCACAAAAGCACCUUCUACGCACCCGAGAGUGGGAACACUACCUGCUGGACGACGCCAACUGGCAAGGUACCCUCAAGCACCACUUUGAGGGCAUCUUCUACAAGGAGGACCCCUCUCAGGUAACCCUUCAGAUCACGGAAAUGAGGCGUGAGUUGGCGCGCCUCUGCAAAGUAACCCCGUGGCACCCCUUCACGCUAGAGGAGCUCCAGGUGACAGAAGGGCGCUGGCCGCGCCGGAAAGCGGCGGGACCCGACGGGAUCAUCCACGAGGCACUCAGUCAGCUACUGCGAGACGACACUUGGAUGCACAGGAUCGUCUACCUCAUCAAUGACAUCUUUUACAAGGGCACCCUCCCAGAGCUGCUGGAGAAAGGCGUCACCGUCCUUCUACCAAAAACUGCGACCCCGGAUGGUUGGCCCGAUACCCGCCCCAUUACCAUUUCGUCGGCAAUCCUCAAAUGGAUCGCGCAACUGGUCCUACGGCGCACACAACACCUCUUCACACCUGUGUGCACACUACAGUGGUGCGCGAAAGGCCGCCAGUCAGUCGAAAUGCUGCUGGCGAUACGCAAAAUUGCGCGGAUGGCGAGGGACUGGGGGGGACCCUUCUUCAUCGUCAAGAUUGACGUGAGGAAG